ACAGGAGAGAAACAGGAUGAGAUUAACAGGUACAGCUGUUAUGUAGAGAUAUUCUCAGAUGGACACAUGAACCUCAGAGAUUUCCGGCCUUUGAGAAUGGGCAGAAAUGAAAGGCAAGGGAGAGCCAACUGCCGACCAGCCCAAGAGCACAGCCCAGCCUCUUACCAACCAAAAAGACUAAGAAUAGCAGAUCGUCUCAUUUUUCACCAAGUCAGACACAGUAAAGCCACACAGAACGGAGACGUCAACGUGCAGGAUACUGUACAGUUCAGCAGUAAAAUGGCUCACGCCCACACGUGCUCUCUGUACGCUCGUGGUAUGAUAGAGGACGACAGUGAAAGACAAUGCACCGUGUACGAACUCCAGAAGCUUCUGUUCUCCGCGAAAAUGUCGCGCAAUCACGUGGAUCAAGUUUGGCCGAGGUUAUACAUAGGAGACCAGGACGUAGCAAGUGACAGACGGGAGCUGGUGAAGCUGGGGCUCACGCACGUACUGAACGCGGUGCACAGUAAGUGGAGAGGGGAAGCAGAACUCUACAAGGACCUGAACAUCACUUACUGCGGCAUCGAGGCUCAGGACUGCCCCUUGUUUGACAUGAGCGUCCACUUCUACCCAGCAGCCGAUUUCAUCCACCGGGCACUCCGAGAUUCUGGAGGGAAGGUGCUGGUCCAUUGUGCUGUAGGAAUCAGCAGAUCGUCCACCCUGGUCCUGGCCUAUCUGAUGAUCCACCAGCGUAUGACCCUGGAGUCAGCCAUCAAGGCUGUGAUGCAGCACAGAGGUAUUGUGCCCAACCGUGGGUUUCUGCAGCAGCUUCUAACCCUGGACAAGUCCCUGAGGAGACACCGAAUGGCAUGAUCUUCGCCCACGAUACGCAGUCCCUCCACUUUACGGUUUAUCCCGUGCAGC